GGAAGGCGACGACCAGGAAUUCAGGCUCAACUUACUUUCUGAAACCAUUUUUAAUGAUAACAGACGCCAACAUCACAACAAGAAACGAAAGAUCAUUCGCUUUUCCUGACUUUUGACUGAAUCGAGGUUGAGGAAACGCUUGGUUUGUUGAGCUUCACAGAGCUGGUUUUAUUAUUGGGUAUUAACAAUUCUGGAAGCACUGUUGAGCUGGAUUGACCGAGUAUUGAUUCGCUGCAAAAGGUUUAAGAUGGGGUGUGAUUUUUCCAAGUUCUCAGCAUGCUGCUCGGGUACAGAGCAAAGUGGUCCAGUUCCUGAAGGCAACAUUAAUGAAAAUGAAGAGAAUAGGGAGGCCACUGAUGUGCCACCAUUUCAAGAAUACACAAUUGAUCAGCUUAGGAAAGCUACUUCUGGUUUUGCCAUCGAGAAUAUAGUUUCUGAGCAUGGGGAAAAGGCUCCAAAUGUGGUUUAUAAAGGGAAACUAGAAAAUCAAACGCGAAUUGCAGUCAAACGGUUCAAUAGAUCAGCCUGGCCUGAUGCCCGACAAUUUUUGGAAGAAGCCAGGGCUGUUGGACAUCUAAGGAACGAAAGACUGGCAAAUCUUCUUGGAUGCUGCAAUGAUGGUGAUGAGAGGUUACUUGUUGCAGAAUAUAUGCCUAAUGAUACUUUGGCAAAGCACUUGUUCCACUGGGAAAAUAAGCCCAUGAAAUGGGCAAUGCGACUGAGAGUUGCUUUAUCCCUUGCCCAAGCGCUAGAAUAUUGUGCGAGCAAAGGGCGCACUCUAUAUCAUGAUCUAAAUGCUUAUAGAGUACUUUUUGACGAUGAAGGAAAUCCUAGACUCUCAUGUUUUGGUUUGAUGAAAAACAGUCGAGAUGGUAAAAGUUAUAGUACAAACCUGGCAUUUACUCCACCUGAGUAUUUAAGGACAGGCAGAGUUACUCCUGAGAGCGUAACAUAUAGUUUUGGAACCCUUUUACUUGACCUUCUCAGUGGAAAACACAUUCCUCCAAGCCAUGCUCUUGACCUGAUUCGAGACAGGAACCUUCAGACGUUGACAGAUUCUUGUUUAGAAGGACAAUUUUCAAGUGAUGAGGGGACUGAAUUAGUGCGCUUAGCCUCACGAUGUUUACAAUCAGAACCCCGGGAGCGUCCUUAUCCAAAGUCAUUGGUUUCUGCUUUAAUACCUCUACAGAAAGAUUCUGAGGUUCCUUCUCAUGUUUUGAUGGGUAUACCACAUGGCACAAAUGCUUUACCCCUUUCACCAUUUGGUGAGGCAUGUCUAAGAAUGGAUUUGACUGCCAUACAUGAGGUCCUUGAAAAACUCGGGUAUAAAGAUGACGAGGGUGCUGCUACUGAGCUUUCAUUCCAAAUGUGGACCAACCAGAUGCAGGAAACAUUGAACUCAAAGAAGAAAGGUGAUUCUGCUUUUCGUCAUAAGGACUUAAAAGCUGCAAUCGAUGGCUAUACUCAGUUCGUUGAUGUUGGAACUAUGGUUUCUCCGACUGUAUAUGCACGCCGCAGUCUGUCUUAUCUCAUGAACAAUAUGCCAGAAGAAGCGCUGAAGGAUGCAUUGCAGGCACAAAUAAUUUCUCCUGUCUGGUAUAUUGCUUCCUACUUACAAGCCGUGGCGCUUCUUGCACUGGGCAGGGAGAGUGAGGCCCAGGUGGCGCUUAAAGAGGCUUCUUCGCUUGAAAGUAAAAGGAACACAAAUUAAUCGACAUUAGUAGCCAGAUCUCGUUCGCUCAACCAAAAUAAAUAUAUAAAAAAAAAGGAGAAAAAGGCCAGAUUUUCAUCCCAAAAAAGGGGGAAAAAUCAACAUCUUAUUUUUCCUUUCCCGAAAGACAAUUUUCAUAGAGCACGGGAUGGUGUCUACAGUGUCCGGGCAAAUUCCCAGUUCCUUAUCGGCAAGUUGUCGCGUGCAUAGAGCGGUUUAUACUUCCUUGUGCACGAAUGGUUCAUUGGUUGGCAAGAAUUCUUUUGCACAGACUGAGUUUCUGCAGAAAAUAUACAAAUUACUUUGCGCAAGGUUUUCUGUUGCAUGCUCAGAAAGGGAAAAAGAUGUUUUCUUUUGUUGCAGUUUAAUUUCGUAUUCCAGUACAUAGGUUUAGGGACUAUUUUGAGAACUUCUGGAAGAGUUUGUUUGUAAAGGAUUCGUCCGUUAGCUUAAGUAUGCAGUUGUUUGUGCUUGUAUUUAUGUACAGAGCAAUCGGUUGUGGCUGGCAUUGUUGGUCUGAAAUAGGUUUUGUAUGUUAUUGAUUCUGCAUCUAAUAAAAAAAUUUCAGUUUCA